UGAGCGGCGUGGAACACUGGCAACCUUAACGACGGUACUCUUGGGGAAUAGAGGCAUGGUAUAAAUGGUGUUUUAAUAUUAUUAUUCUGUUGAUUAAUAUUUAUUUCUUUUCUAUCUGUAUUAAUUUACGAAUCUUCAUUCAUGAUUUUCUCACGACGGACAACCCCUCUCGUCGGCAUCGCCUUUUGCCUCUUCUUUCUUUACCUGGUCAGUAACCGCACGAGACAAUGGCGUCAGGUACCACAGACCCUGGGCCUAGGUGAUAUAGUCACCCCGGCGGGAACUUGGAAUAUCAGCCAUUCGGAAAAUGAAUCGACUAACAACCGGCUCACCCCUCAACCGAAUUAUAUUCCUGGCGUGCCAAAACCUCCCGGGGAGACUUAUUCGAAGAUAUUGGUGGUGCCCAAGAUUAAAGAUGAAGAUACGGAUUGGAUGGCACGGGAAAUUCCUGACUGGCAACAUGCUGUCUAUGUGGCUGACGAUCCCUCCGCCCCUCUUCAUCCGCCAAAAAACAAAGGCCAUGAAGUCAUGGUUUAUCUGAGCUAUAUUAUCGAUCACUACGACGAAAUUCCCGACAUCGUUGCAUUCAUGCACUCGCACCAGUUCGCAUGGCACAAUGAUGAGAUAUUUGGUGGCGAUGCGGCAGACAUGCUGCGACGGCUCAACCCGGCACGUGUUGUGAGAGAAGGCUACAUGAAUCUACGCUGCACUUGGGCACCUGGCUGUCCCGACUGGAUGCACCCCGGUGCGCUGGAGGAAAACUCUGAGAAGCAAGAAGAGACCAUGUUGGCCAGAUCUUGGGGAGAGAUUUUCCCCGAUGUUCCCAUUCCUGAUGUCCUGGCUCAACCGUGCUGUGCACAAUUUGCUGUGUCACGCGAGCGCAUUCUAGCGACUCCCAAGUCCCGCUACAUAUUCUAUCGAGACUGGAUUCUACGGACGGAGCUGAGCGACUAUAUUUCCGGUCGAGUCUGGGAGUACUUGUGGCACUUUGUGUUUACUGGCGAGAAUAUCGUGUGCGCAAAGGAGAAUGUGUGCUACUGCGACGGAUACGGUCUGUGUUUUGGUGGCGAAGACGAGUAUGAUGCUUUCAGAGGGCUUGGUUUCCAAAAGAAAGAUCUCGAAGAGGAGCUUACAAACUGGCAUACGAACGCUCAGAGCAUCGAGGUUGCGCGGAUCUACGGACCUAUAAGUGAGAAGAAUCGCCUUAAUGUUCCUGAGCCAGGCAGAGACACCGAGCUUGAGAAUCAAAUCAACGAAAAAAUACAGACGCUUAAUGAUCUGGUUUUCAAUGCUACUCAGCGCGGUGCGGACCCAAGAAAUCGGGCUCUCGAAGCAGGUCGCCCCUGGAAGGAAGGUGAUGGGUUCUAAACCAUUGAAAGCCCCAUAUAGGUUCAAAGCCAGCGUUGCCGCUCGCGAGAGGGUGCUUUGCUCUUCCGUCAACUCAGCCUGGUACUUUGUUCCCAACA